AUGAACGUUCUCUUGUUUCAUCCGGAUCAGUUUCAACAACGCUACAACUGCGACUUCUACGAUGUGGACAUGAUUCCGGCAAAGGAAAGGAAGCAUAUUUUGCUGGGCGUUGGGCUGUUCACUUUUUAUUUGGCUGUUACGGUAAGGAAGAGUUCAAUUUCAAUUUAUUCACACUAAUCACAUGUAAAAUCAUGGAGUGUAUCAGUCGGGAUUCCGUUGUCUAGUCAGUAUAAGGUCUCUUCGUCUCAGGCUCUUGCAAUCCUUUUGAUUGUUGGCUACUGGCCCAAGAAGAACCUUUUGUGCCCGCAACGGCAUAGGUGGCCAGGAAAAACCGACCGCUCACCAAGAGAGAAAAAUCGGGAAGGAGGGGUUGAGGAGUGCAAAAAUCAAGCAACUGAGGAGAAAAGAGAACCAUCACAAGCUUUAUAGACUCAAGGCUUUUGAGUGUUAUCCAGCUAGCACCAUCAGUCUGUCGGGAAAAUAAUGAGCACAGUGUCGGUGCGCCGAUCUUGUCGCUGAUGUGAAAAGAUUUGAUUUCGCCACGGUCAAUUAAUUUUCUCGGCGGUGAUGUGAUUUUCGAUGCGACAGAGUGCUUAUUAUUUUACCCACAAACUUACACAUGUUCCCCAAAGUGCGAAAAAGGUCUGCGCUCUUAUCAAAAAGCGUGGUACUCUUUUCACAAAGUGCAUGAACUUUCCUCACCCUUUUUAGUGCAAACACGGUGUACUAUUUUGCCCUUUUUCCUUUCCUUGUCGCCAACGCACCGUGCAUCAAGUAGUGAAAAAAAAACUUGGGUCUUAUCGUUUUGGAUUCGAGAUAACAUUAGCCAUAUUGCUGUGACUCCGAAACCGCUAUUUUUUCAGUUCCUGUACACAUUAUGCUUGCUCAGCAUGCUUCUGAGCGGGCACAGUUCCCGGCCCAGCUAUAUGUUGAUGAUUUAUCUGGCCAUCUUUCAUAUUGGAGGCCUACAGGUCAGUGGUUUAAUGACUGCGGUGUUUGCCAUCUCCGGAAAUGUCUUCUGCGACUAUCCGACGAUCAUCUAUAUUGGAGGAGGAAUCGGGUUGGGUGAGAAUACUUUUAAGAUUUUGUGAUUUACAGCCGAGACAUGUACAUAAUUAAAUGAUAUAUAUUUUUGCAGCAACUUGGUGCUCCUCCACGCUAACCGGUAUCAUCCUGACCCUAAAUCGUUGCUGCGAAAUCUACUCCCCAAAAGUCGCCGACUUCUUCUUCGGAGGGCCCAAGAUUUUUAUCUGGCUAGCCAUGCCCACCUCGUAUUUCUUCUUCUUCUUCUGGUUCACCAACCCGCCCGUCUUCAGUGGGAUCCUAAUGAGCUGGUUCUUCAACCCACACAUGAGCUAUUUUGAGGACAAAGCGAACGUCUACCACAACAACUACCACACCAUCAACAACUUGAGCGAUUGUGUUUUGGGAACGCUGGUCAGCUUGCUGUUCGUUGCACUGUAUCUGAAAAGAACGAGAGCUGUGAGAAAUCAGCUGUCAACGACGGAUAAAAAGGUAGGCUGAUAUACAUACAGCAAAAUUCAAAUUUGUAAACUAAAACUGAACCUCAAGUGCUAUUUUUUGUGCCACGAUGGCAUGAUCUUUGUUUGAAGUUUUGUCCUCGCUGUAUUAUCAGUUUGUCGGGAAAAUAAUGAGCGCAAUGUCACUGCACCAAUCCCGCUACUAAAUUGAAAAGCAACCUGACUUUGUCUGACCUUUUUUUUUCUUGCGGCAAAGGCGAUUUUGGAUGCAACAUAGUGCUCAUUAUUUUCCCGACAAACUGGAAAUUUAUAAGGGAAUAUAAAAAAAGUACAUUCAGGUAUAAUUCUAUAUUUUUACACUUCAAAAUAUUAUAAGAAAAAGAACUUUAUUAAAGUCGUUGCGAUCCCUCGAAAUAACGAUUUCUCCCCCUUUCUCUGCCUUGAUCUCGAAAGUAAUGCUGUUCUCAUCUUUUUCCAUUCUAUUUUUACCAAAUAGCGAGAGGAAGAGGGCGCUGGCAUAAACAUGGAGAGAGCGGUCAGAGAAAGAGGGGAAAAUUAAACUUUCUCUUCGGUCUGGCGGCAAAAAAGUUUAAUUUUAAUUGUGACAUGUCUUCUGACGUUCUAAACAUAAUUGAACCCUAAACGAACCGGAACACGUGUUGCAUUUCAUAGCCGACAAACUUUCAUUUUAUUGCAUUACGCUGUAAAUGUUGAGCAAAUUUUUAAUCAAGGAAAAUGCAAAUACCGGUCGGAUAGGUUGUGUAAAAUCAAAAUUUUAUGGUCUUGGCGGAAGAACGUUCCAAUUUUUAAAGGUCAUAAGAUUUGCCUGAAGAAAACUACAUUGUUGUAUUAUAUAUACAUGAUCUAAACACAGGACCUUUUAGAUGUGCCUGCAAGUGUUUCUCAUCGAAAGCAUGCAAAUCUUGGCCAGCUCGCUGUACGUGGUUCAGCAAGUCAGCAAGGUGGACUUUUACAUUACACUCAUUGCCUCAUCGGCCUAUUUCAUGUCGCAAGGUAGGCAACAUAUAUAUUUCACAAUGUAAAAAAAAUCCCAAAAAUUUUACAUUUGUUCAUGUACAUAUAUGUUGACCGUAAACACGGAAAGUUCACACCAUAUUUGCAUGUCCUACAGGUGCGUUUUUUUUCAGGCUUUCCGCCCAUUGUUUAUCUGGCCUUCAACCGAACCAUUACCCGCGUCCUGUUCGGCAAAAUAUUGCAUGUUCAGCAUUACACGCCUUCGUACUCGCACCAACAGAUUACUACUCAGCUGAAGGGAGUCAACUGUGUCACGCCUCCACAAAUGUUCCCGCAAAACAAUUACACACAACCUUGA